AUGGGCCAGGAAGGCAUGAGGGAACUUGGAGUCAAGAAGGUUCAUCCUUUCUUCUCCAAAGAACCUGCCGUCGACCCUGCGCGCCACCCCGAACUCUCGGCCCAACCCCCUACAGCUCCGGACCACGAUGAUCAGCACGACAGCGCUCAAUCGGGGUCAGACUCGCCGAACGACCGGCGAAAGCGUCGAAAGCCGGAUAGCUCUGUUACACAAGAUGCUCCUAGUUCCAAGAGACCACGCCGAAAACGCCAAGGGGAAGGGCGACAAACAACCCUCGUUCCCACGGAACAGGCUUUAGAUAUAACUCCCGAACCUACCACCACCGACAUUCCGACUCCUCCACUAAGCGAUGCGCCUAUGACUUCCGUCGAAGCCCCUUCACAGUCCGCCCUCGAAGCACCACCGGUCUCUACCUCCAACCCACCCGAUGCCGCAAAUAAGAAGGUUCUCAAAUGGAACCCGAAAACAGGGACACUCAGAUCACCACCCAAAUCCAAGUCGAAACCCCUUCCUUCCCACAUAGUGUGCGUCAAGUACGGCCGAGAUGAAGCGAGUCGGAAGGACAUGGGUGAUAGGAUCACUCAAAUCCUGGACGGCAAGACACUAUUUCCUCCAACCUCGAAGAGCCGAGCCAAGAAGCCAAAAGAGAGUGUUGUUAAGAAAGGACCUGGUCUGACCAAAGCUACACAUCCUUUCUUCACCGGAAAAGCGAAACAGACACCGCCCGCCACAAGCGAGAACCAUAAAACAGCUGAGAACCGGCCCUCUCGACAGACAGUCUUUACGUCUACGCCAUUGUCCCCGAAGAAGACACGAAACCCUUUCACCUCUGACCAUCAGGUCCCGCGGUUUGGUAUCAGAACUGGUACAACAAAGAUUCCCGGGGCCGUAUAUCCCCUUUGGCCUGCAAAGGGAAUGGCCCACGUUCGUGGACUUGAAGGUUCAGUCUGUUCUCAGGUUGCCUCUCAGGACAACGUCGCCAAGAAGUCAAAGGGUUAUACAGUGACGGUUUCUUCAGAUGAAUCUGUUCUGGGGGGCUUUUGCACCAGCAUGGAUCUCACUGCUCUCCGCAACUCGCUUCCCACAAAUGAUGACAACUUCGAACCAGCACCAACUGAAUUACGAAUCCCGACGAGACAUUUUGAAAGUGGCCGAAAGGCUCAGAAGCGCAUCCGGUCAGAACUUCAAACAUUGCGGCCCACCCCUACCGAGGACGACGACGACAUAAUAGGACAUAGGGCCCCCAGUGCUCAGCCGAAAAGAACACACCCAGCCAUUCUUAGAUUAUAUGAAGAACUCGAAACGAACCUUUCCGCAUAUGACAAGUCUGCAUGCGAAAGUCUGUCCUGGACACACAAGUACGCCCCAAGCACAGCAGCCGAGGUUCUCCAAGCUGGCAGGGAGGCUAUUCUGCUCAAAGAAUGGUUGCAAACACUCAAGGUUCAGUCUGUCGGUACUGGCAAUGCUGACGCAGGAGGGGCCAAGGGAAAGGCUAAAUCGGCUGCUGCUCCCAAGAAGAAGAGAAAGAAGGAUAAGCUGGAUGGCUUCAUUAUCGACAGCGAGGAGGAAGCGAAUGAAAUGGACGAGGUAUCCGAGGAUGACGAUGACUGGGCGCCUGCUGGCUCAGGACUCACGAAAAAGACGGUUAUCCGAAGCGGAGAUGCAGCUGCUAAGGGAGGGAAAGAUCAAGGACGUCUCACGAAUGCGGUGGUGAUUAGCGGACCCCAUGGCAGCGGCAAAACAGCCGCCGUCUACGCUGUAGCCAAGGAGCUAGGUUUUGAGAUUUUCGAGAUCAACCCAGGGAGCAGACGAAGCGGCAAGGAUAUUCUGGAGAAAGUUGGAGAUAUGACGCGCAACCAUCUCGUUCAACAGCACCGCGCUGAUCCUACGACAGAGGCAGAAGAGGAUGAAGUGAGCAGAGACUUGAAGUCAGGGAAACAGGGCAUGAUGACGGCAUUUUUUCAGCCCAAAGCAGCGGCCGCCUCGAAGAAGCCAACCAAGAAGUCUACCGAAGCGAAGCCAAACGAAACAACCAAGGGAAGCCAGAGCCAGAAGCAGUCACUUAUCCUUUUAGAGGAGGUGGAUGUUCUAUACGAAGAGGAUAAGCAAUUCUGGGCGGCUUUGAUGGGCAUGAUGGUACAAUCAAAACGGCCAUUCAUCAUGACCUGCAAUGACGAGAACAUGGUGCCCCUGCAAACCCUCAACUUGCACGGCAUCUUCCGAUUCUCUCAUCCACCAACCGACCUGGCUAUCGAUCAUUGCCUACUUGUUGCAGCAAAUGAGGGCCAUCUACUAAAGCGCUCGGCCGUCGAGGCCCUGUACAAGUCUCGCAACAACGACUUGAGGGCUGUCCUGGUAGAACUCAAUUACUGGUGUCAGAUUAGCGUUGGAGAUCGCAAAGGUGGUUUCGAUUGGUUCUAUCUCCGAUGGCCCAAGGGCUCUGACCGAGAUGAGAAUGGGGAUGUGGUUCGAGUCUUGAGCGAAGACACUUACCGCAAGGGUAUGGGAUGGAUUGGGCGUGAUCUCACUGCCACAUGCCUAGACCCAUUAGAGUCGGAGGAAGAGGUGAUGAAGCAGUGCUGGAACUCAUGGACACUUGACAUGGGUGACUGGAACAACAGCUUGCAUCUCCAAUCCUGGGCCGACGAUAUAACCAGGAGCGCAUCGGAGCCCAGCCAGAGGCUUGACGCUUUGACUGCAUUCGAUGAGUUUUGCACUUCAAUGAGCGACGCGGAUCUUAUCUCAAGUGGCUCACUGGGAACUAGAUUCCAGGAAGCGCUCGAUCCAGAAUUGCCAGAGAUUCCGACCAAAACGAGAGAUGAUUUCAUUGUGGGCCGUCGCCUCCUGGAGGCUGAUCCCAAGUCAACACCAUCUACGCCCAGCAUUGGCCUCUCGAUCUCUCUCAAAUCCCUGACGAGACAGAGACUUUUCAAACUAUCUCCGACAACCGACGUCACAUCCCCAUCCACCCCCCAGCCACUGACAGAGGAUCGCGCAGUCUCUGUUCUGGACUACUCUUUCGAGCAUUGCACGGCACCUAUGACUCGGAUGGAUCUGGCGCUGGCGUUCGACCCGAUUGCAGUCAAUGAAAAGGCAGCGGCAUCCAGCCAUCUGGAUCCAUCAGUGUUUGACCGCACCAUGAAGCUUAUCGUGUUGGACAUUGCUCCAUGGGUGCGAGGCAUCGUGGAGUUUGACAACAAGCUCAUGCAGGAGAGACUCAAGCUGAGCAGCCUCCUGAGUGAGGGUGGAAAGAGAAAGAGAAUGCGUACCACUCGCAGCGCAUACUCAGCUCUGGAAGGAGGUGAGAGGAGGACAACUCGACGGGAAAGAUACUUCGGCGAUUGUCUCAACACAGCAUUUGUGAGACGUACCGCUGGUGACACUUGGCAGGAGGCCGUGGAGGCGAUGAGACCAAGGGAGAGUGUGGAGAGCGCUCCAAGCAGCCCAUCGUCCCCUGGAUCAAGCUUGGUUUAA